AUGUCAGCAGAGAAUGAUCAAGGUAACGCGCCAGGGCAAGAACAACAGCCGCCGGUUGAAGAACAGCCGCCACAAGAAGCUCCUCCGGCUGAAGCUCCUCCAGCUGAAGAGCCAGCUCCAGUAGUUGAAGCGCCUCCUGCAGAGGCUCCAGCUGAAGCACCAGUAGCCGAAGCCCCUGCCCCAGCUGAGGCUCCUGUCGAGGCUCCCGUCGCUGAAGCCGCACCAGCAGAAGCUCCCGCUGAUGCCCCUCCUGCAGCUGAAGUAGAAAAGUUAUCAUUGGAAGAGGCUGCUCCUCCACCAGCAGAACCUGCCCCAGAAGCAGCUCCACCAGUUGAAGAAGCACCAGCUGCACCUCCUGUUGAGGAAGCUGUGCCACCGCCACAAGAGGCGCCUGUAGAGGAAGCUCCUGCUCCAGAAGCACCUCCAGCUGAAUGCCCAGCUGAGGUUCCACCACCAGCAGAAGCCCCUGUAGCAGAAGCGGAAGCUCCUCCACCUGCUCCCUCUGCAGAAGCGGAAGCUCCACCAGCUGAGGCGCCCGCUCCUGAAGUUGCUGCACCACCAGCAGAGGCACCCCCAUCUGAGGCAUUUUUUUUUACUAAAUCUAAACGAUUUUUGAAAAUUAAAGGAGGCUCCUGCUGCUCCAGAAGCCGCUCCUGA